AUGAUUUCAUAAUUAAUUUUGUCAGUAUUAUUAGGAAUAACCUUCUGUAAUUGGACAAGAACUCCAUAAAUAACAAUUGAUAAGUUCAACUAAACAGAUUAAAAAAUUUCAAUCAGCACUGAAGAUUUCAAGCAUUUAAAGUAUCCCAAUGCUUUCGACUUGGAAUUAUAUUAUUAUGAAGGAUUAAUUGAUAAGAAGGAUAUUACCAAAUAUUAAAAAAUCAAUGAUACAUAAUUAUAUUAAUAAGGCUGCUCUUAUUUUGAAAGGAAAAUAAAAGUGGAAGAUCAAUUGUAAAUCUAGCUUCCUGAUGAAAGCAAGUUUAAUUUUACUGAUAUGGUAGUUGUAGGUUAAUAAGCAUACCUGAUAAGAAGUGAUAACAAAAUAUUCAAGGUGCAAUUAGAUUUUAAUGGAUAUGAAUUAAAGAAAAUGAGUGUUUAAUCCUAGCAUUUGGAUUACUCAGAAUAAAUAGCUAUUGAUUAAAAGAAGAAAUCCCACUUUGUAGUUGCAAAUGAUUAAAUUUUUGUAGUGACAGAAAAAGGAGCAAUUAGUUUUUAGUAUUAGGGAUGGUAAAAUGGAAAUUUGCCUCCAAUUUAAUUUCACAAAUUAGAGGAAGUGAGUAAUAUAAAUUAUGUCCAUUAUGAUGAAAAAUAUUAAAGAUUAUUCAUAGUAGCAGGAAAAUAAGGAGUAUUGGUAUACAAAAUAUAAGAAAAGAACUUAAACCAUGCAUACACAAUAACAGGAAAUCUAAACAUCAUUAAAGUCUAAACUAAAAAUGAUUAACUCUUUUUGUUAGAUGAUAAAAUUGGAAUACACUUUUUCACUUUAAAUGAAAAUGAAUACACUGAUAAUGAAUUUAAGAUUCCUUUGGAAAACCCGAUAUCUUUUGUGUAUAACAAGAACUCGUUUUUAGUAAUAGCUUAAACAGGGUAAUCUUAGGAUAAGAUUAUUUUUGGAAUAGAAAUUUUGUUUAAUUUUAAAAAUCAGGACUUUUAUUACAAUAAAUUUUAUUUAGAAGAUAUGCAAUUAAAAGAAGUUCAAAAUUGUGGAAACUUUUAAUUCUUAAUUGGUUAUGAUGUACACAAAGUAAUUUAGACCAAUGUUUAUCGAGGAUUUGUUGAUGAAAAUUUUGAUUAUGAUACCGACUUCAUGAUACCCUUAUUGUAGAAAAUUGAAGAAAUUGAAGGUACAGAUUAUGAAAAAGCAGAUACUUAAUAUCAUUAUUCAUUAGCAUUGACUCCUCAUUAUUUAUAUGGAUUGAUUAUUAAGGAUAAAAAUCCAGAGAUAGUUUGUUCGUCUAUUAAAUAAAUUGAGUAAUCUUAUGCAAUUUUAAUUAAUUCAACUUAAUGCGAGAAGGCUGAAAUAGAUCCGUUCAUAGUGUGUCAUGAGGAACAUUUUAUUAAUUUAGUAGUAAAUGAAGUAUUGCUAGAUUCAUAAUCAUAAUGGUAUGCAGAGGUUUUCCUGAUUGUUGUUUUUGCAAUUUUUAUUCUGUUAUUGAUUUGCGGAUACAGAAUGUGUUCAAAAUGGAGAGUUAUUAUGUAAAAAAUGGAAGAGCAAUUAAAAAAAUAAGAAAAUAAAAAAAAACAAUACGCAAAUUUACAAAUGGCAUGA